GGAAGUUUUAAAAUACACAAACAAAAAUAAUGUCUUUCAAUAAAACCUUAAAGAAAACUCUGCUACAUGCAUGGAUCCGACUAACAUUUGUAAAUUUUGCAUAAAGCUCAAGUAAGGUGAUGUUUGAACGAUUUGAAUCAUAUUUGUGCACAGAUUCCCGCGGAUAGAAUCUGUGCUUCUCAUUUUACAAAAUGCAUAAAAUAGCCUCUAUGUAUAACCAAGAUGUGUGUAAGUCGUCUAUAAGUACCCAUCAUGCUAUGCAUACAAGUAAGUUACGGAAAGGGGCGAGUGGUGACGGAUCAAGUCGAAUCGCGUAUCACGGAAAGAAACGAGAGGUACCGAAUGAACUUGACAGUUAUUUUAUAAAUUGGACUGACCCAACCUUACACCCCAUCUUAUGAGAAAAGUGGACUUGCCCUUAGUUACCCACAUAUCGUUGCUAAUCGCUUCCUCGACCGUCCGCACAUCCUCUAUAAAUUACGUAACAGACGCACAACGGCUUCUUCUUCACUGUAUCUCGUCAGAGAAACAUCGAAGUAAUCUCUCGAAAAAUCCUACGCUGUGACCACAUAUUCCUGAGCUGUCUGCUGAAUUCUUCCUGAUGUCUCGGAGACUUGUCUCAGAAGUGUCCCUCUGUCAAGAAAUCUGCUGGCCGCCCUCACCCCUUGGACUACAGCAAACCCAGCUUUAAACGUCCACAGGAAAGGGGUCUCCAGGUUUGGUAUGAUGAAGACAAGGAUGACAAGGACUCUCCACGCCUGCAUCCCUCGAGCAGGAAUAGCCGUCCCAAGGAGCACCAGGCUGAGGACAGUCUGGUUCCGGAAGAUGAUCACUCUCCUCAUCUGCCUCCUCCCUCAAGGAGGAGCCGCCACACCAAGCGAAAGACAGACCACCGCAUCGAGAACCAGCUGGUUCCAGUCUUUGCCCGGAUGAGUCUGGAGGAGGUCUCCAGGUCUGAUGCUUCUGCUUCUGCUUCUGCUGCUGCUGCUGCUGAUGUUGCUUCAGAGAAUCAGGAGGCUUCUACACAGAAAGCCCAGGAGUGUUCUCGCAAGAGGAAGCUCGGUGAUCUGAAGCAGGAGUUGAGCAACAAGCAGCGCAAGGUGAAAGAGUCCCGUCAGGAACUCCAGGCCAUCAUUGACAGGAAGCUGAAGGAGCUGAGACAGGAGAUGGUGGAGCUGAAACAGGAGGUGAAGGAGAGGGAGAGGAAGGAGAGGGCAGCCUUCCAGGUUACCAUGGAUACACAGAGUGGCCGACGCAAGGUGUGGAGGAGAAAGCAAGGCAACUCCUCUGCACAGAAGACGUCCACCCAGCCACGCCCACUAAAGAGACUGCCUGACAACUCCCAUCAUUCAGGGAGCACCGAGGCAGCCUCGCAGUGACACUUCAGUGGUAAGUUGGAGUGUGCAUGUUAGCAUUAAUAUUGUUGAAAGAUGGAUAGGUAUACAAGUAGGUGUCUGUACGUAGUAGAGUGGAUGGUUCUUUUAUUGUUGGGUGAAAUUAGAAAUUGUGGGUGAAUGAGAAUUUGUAUGUUUCAGGUUGAG